AUGUCUGAUCGAUCGCAAAAGAAAGCAUUGCUUAAUGUGAUACUGUUGGGUGAUGGAGGAGUUGGAAAGACGGCAUUGAUGGAGCAGUUCAUCUUUAAGCACUUCACCAAUCAGUACAAGGUCGCAGUUGUGAAGGACAUGCUGAUUGAUGGUCGACACGUCACGAUGCAGCUUUGGGACACGAACGGUCAAGAGCGUUUUCGUUCGCUCGGGCUCGCUUUCUACAGAGGCGCCGACUGUUGUGUGCUCGUCUAUGAUCUCACUGAUUCGAAAUCGUUCACCAAUUUGGACUUUUGGAGAGACGAGUUCUUGAUACAGGCCAAGCCUCAAAACCCGGAAAACUUCCCGUUCAUACUUCUCGGAAAUAAGGUAGAUCUUGAACAGAAGCGGGCUGUUUCCGCGGAAAGGGCUCACAAAUGGUGCCAGAGCAAGAACAAUAUUCCAUAUUAUGAGGUUUUUGCAAAAGAAGCUCUGCACAGCUUCCCGAUUUUCAUUAACCGAUUCGUUUGGAUCAGAGCCAACAAAAAUCCGACCGUCGCUGCAAUUGUUAAAGACGAUGGCGAUGAAGUGAGCAAC